AUGGCUUCCACGAGGGCAUCGACUGAUGACCAGCAUGAGCCCACAUCAUCUGAGCUGGACAAGAAUCAAAAGAGGAAACUCCGUAACCGUCUCUCCCAGCGCGCCUUUCGUCGAAGACAAGCCGAGUAUCUCAGGGAUCUGAGGAAUCGAGCCGAAGCCUCGCAGAAGCCAGACAAUGAGAGAGUCGUCGAGCUCGAAGAGGAGAAUGGCCGUCUACGUGCUCACAUCACCGAGCUACAGUCGCGGUUGGAAGGUGUACAAGUCACGCUUCAGAUGAUAGCUUCAUCAUCUUCCAAGAUUCUUGGUCGAUCUGAGAGUUCUCUGCCUCGUCAACCACGGAUCGAAGAGAGAGACUCGGAACAGGAAGAGAACGAGCCAUCAAGGGACGAAUCUAUUACUGCUGAUAAAGCACAGUCUGACUCAACCCCUUGGCCACCCUUUUCUUCUGCUGCCCUCGAAGCUAUCCAAAUCCCUGACCUGUCCUUCCCAACCGACGUCGAUUCCACCAUCGAAAUUCCAAUCAGUGAUUCCGUUCAAGCAAGAUCCAACCUGAUACGCGACGUCAUGGGCAGCGUAGGCCCAAUCGACCCGAACCUAUCCAAGUCCCCCCUACAGCUGCAGAGAAUACCGAAUAUCUGGAACUUUAAUUAUCAGAUGGGCAGCCAGUCAUACAUCGAUGCCAUCGAGUCUUGUGCGUCCUCCAGACCCACGAGCGGCUUGAGAUGGGUCGAUUCCAACUCGCCAAUCUCGGACCACAUCCAGAUCUUGAAGAGAUUGUUGUUGACCAAGCUGAAGCCGACGAUUCUCGAUAACCGGUCUUGCCAAACGCUCUAUCAGUCUGUCUCUACUGUACUGGCCAUGUUCAACAGCGUCACUCGCCCCGACGUCAUGAACUGGUACGCAAAGACGAGGUUCUUCCACAUCAUCGAGCUCACUGCUUGGCAAAUCUUGCCCUGCUCCCUCACCUACUCGAGAGUGCACGAACGGUAUCGACCGACAGAGCUUCAACUUGGUCUACAAGGGCAGUACCCCUGCGUUGUCGACUGGAUCCCUUUUGCGUCGAUACGAGAUCGGAUUAUACAACUCCAUGCCGCCAACCCCUGUGUUGACCAGAUAUUCUGCGAUACCGUCAGCGCGUACGUCGUCGAGUCUACCCUCUCUGAGCUGGUAGUAGGGGGCUCCUUGAUGAAGGUUUACAUCCGCGUAACAGACCUCAUCGCAAGCAUGGCUCUCCAACAAGGUGAAGGCGAAGGCAUAGACAACAUGGCAUCCCUCCCAGCACCUGACAUCAAGACACUCUUCUCAUCCCCCGAGUACGCGUAUCUCGCCUUCAAACACCUCAAGAUGGACUGCGGAGCCUCGUACUAUAAGAUUGACCCCGUCUUCUUCAGCAAGUACCCCGAGUUGUGCGAUCCAUCUGACGAUAUUGUGGCCUCGGGGGUGCCCCUUAAGCCGGGGACACAGACGACACUUACAAGCCCCAACUACGUCGACGCCAUGACAGUUGCGACUUAUUGUAGUUUUAUCAACUUUUCCUUUGACGCGGCUACGGCACUGUCUCGGUUAGAGUAUGUCUAA